AAAAUUUAGUAUCCUUUCUUCUUCUGAGCAUUCUGCGGUUCCUUUUGAGGGAUGAGGGUUCUUGGCAUACCACGGACAAAGCAACUUGAGUUAUCAUCAGUAAUCAAUAUUAGAAUUUGAAGCUGUAAUGCUUCAAGGAUGGUGGGCAACUCAAGGCACAUCAACAGCACCUCGUGGAGGGGUAGAACCGGACACUAGAUGAAAAAGACCUGCUCUAUGGGAAAUAAGAAUUAUCAUGGAUGGCACCAUUGAUGAUUACAGGAGCAGAAGAGUCUGGGACUGGGGUAGCGAGACACCAUGAUGAUAACUUUAUGGGAGGUGGAUGGGACUCUUGUAGAGCAGAUUGGCCUAUCAGAAUAACGGAGACCAUAGGAGUGAGAGAGGCUUUAGCUUGGGCAAAAAGGAAAGGGUGGGAUCGAGUAAUCCUUGAGACAGAUGGGCAAGUUGACACUACUACCUUAGAAGGUGAAAAUGGAAAUUUUUAUUUUGACGUGGUGAUGGAAGAUAUCAAACAACUUUAUUCUGGAGCUAGCUUUAGUGCCAGUUAUUGUAAACGAUCCUCGAAUCGUGCAGUUCAUAGUCUAAGCUAGCUAGAGUAGCCCUUCCUCAAGCGGGUUGUAGCGAUUUUUAUCGUUGUCCUGAUAGUAUUUGUAGCCAUU